CAUUAAAUAGGUUCGUUUUUUUUUUUGGGAAUAUCCAAUUUUAUUUAUCCAGUUGGUCCUUAAGCCAAACGAUUGGAAACGAUCUCGUUAAAUUAGUUUAUUAUUUAAGAAUUUUGAUUUGUUUUUCGAAAUAUCCAAUUUUUCAUGUUUUUUAGUUGUAAGCCAAACUUGGAUGGAAAAUAACCCCGUUAAGCCUACUAUUGUAGACCUAUCCGAAUCGAAGGACCAAACUGACGAGGACAUAAAGCACAUAACGAAAACCUCCAUUAAAAUCCCUUGCAUCAAAUGCAACCAGGUGUUUCCCAUGGACGAAUUUCCUAGCCACCAGGCCACCCAUAAACUCACCCCUCGCCCCCCCUUGAAUCAAGAAAUCAAAUGCACCGAGUGCGGCAUGGAUUUCGAUACCGUAGAGAACCUGAUCAAUCAUAUGAAAGCGCUGCAUUUCUCCAUGUGGGGUAGCUGGGGCCAGUACUACAACUGGAACCAAGUUUACUCGUACCCUUACGGCUUUGACUAUGCUGGAGGGAGUAGUGAGGCGAGUUACGGCACGUGUCGACGAUGGGCCGACCCUCCCGAGCCUCCACACCGUCACAGGCACGGUCGGAGGUCGCCCUCUCCACCUCACAGGAGAGGACGACCGCCUCCCCAUCACCGUGGAUGGCACGGGAGGUUCCAUAGGCACCAUCAUCAUAGGGGUAGAUCACUUGGGAGGCGCAGGAGGUUCUCCUCCUCGUCUUCCUCCUCGUCUUCUAAUGAAAGUUACGAUAGGAAGAAUAAGGGAGGAGGUGGUUCCCCGAUUGUUUUACUGGAUUCUGAUGAGGAGGGCAGGGUGGUGGAUCUGGUUCAGAGCGCCGAUGAGGGCGAGUGGGUGGUGGCUGACUCCUGGGUCAACGAGAACUGAUUAUUCUCGCAGAUUUUAUUAAUAAAUUUUAUUUUGUUGAGGACA